AUGGAGUCCAUGACAAUGGCCUCGGCCAUGACGAUGACCGCGGUCUCUACAGCUUUGGCGGCCAUGAACACUAGCUCGAUGGGUAUGCCAAACAUGCCAUCGAACGCGUCAAGCGAGACAGCGAUGCCGACCAUGCCUAGCAUGGCUGGUAUGGACAUGAGCUGUCGGAUCUCGAUGCUCUGGAACUGGUACACUCUUGAUUCCUGUUUCCUGUCUAGCUCGUGGCAUAUCCGUUCUCGUGGCAUGUUCGCAGGCUCCUGCAUCGGUACCAUCUGCCUCGUCCUUUGCUUGGAGUUCUUGCGUCGUUUGGGUCGUGAGUAUGAUUCCUUCAUCCUACGUCGAGCUAGCCUGCGACAGACUUACCUCCCUGGCUCUGCUUCCAUGACACCCGAGCGAAGUGGAAAAAAGAUAAAGGCUUCCGGAGCCAACGACCCAGGUUGCCCUUGCGAUUGUCCACGGGAUGACGACAAAAUCACUACUAUUCCUGGCAGCGAAUCCUCCAAUCCCAAACUCGCGGGUCCGAAUAGUGUCAUGCCCGUGACUGCAGAAGGUGUGCACUUGGUUGACGGUGGCACGGCUGAUCGCAAGAACUCUGAUAUAGUCGCGCCGUAUCGUCCCUCUCCGAUUGAGCAAGUGAUUCGUGCUUUGUUUCACACGGUUCAGUUUGCCGUGGCAUACUUCAUCAUGCUUUUGGCGAUGUACUACAACGGCUACAUCAUCAUCUGUAUCUUCAUCGGAGCGUUCUUAGGCUCUCUCGUCUUCUCGUGGGAGCCUCUGUCUCUGUCGAAGGAGAAUGAUGCCACACAAGUUACCAAGUGCUGUGGUUAG